AUGCCAAGGACAGGAGAUAAUUCAAAUACCCCUGUAAAACCCCACAGCGAGGAGUCUUCUCCUGUUGAUAACAACAACUAUUGUUUAAAUAUAACUACGAGGAAAACAGACUCAUCUAAAGGAGGACUAAUGCAGGACCGUUCCCUAGAAGCUCGAACAGAUAUUUUAAAUUCUUUUAAGGAAGAGCUUCCACUUCUUUUGAAAGCAGCCGUAAAAAGUGAAUUAAAUACCUUAAAAAACCAGAUAUCCACAAUAGAAACCACGUUGAACUUUAUAAGCACGCAAUACGAAGAAAAUCUUCGUAUUGCGUGCUUAUAA